AUGCCUACUCUCGUCGGAAUCAACGGCUUUGGCCGUAUUGGCAGAAUUGUGUUCAGAAACUCAGUUGAGCACGAGGAUGUCCACGUCGUGGCCGUCAACGACCCUUUCAUUGAGCCUCACUACGCCGCAUACAUGCUCAAGUAUGACUCCACACACGGACAAUUCAAGGGCACCAUCGAGGUGGAGGGCGACACCCUGGUCGUCAAUGGCAAGAAAGUCAAGUUCUACAUGAAGAGAGACCCGUCCGAGAUCCCAUGGUCCGAGACCGGUGCACACUACAUCGUCGAGUCCACCGGUGUCUUCACCACCACCGAGAAGGCUUCUGCCCACUUGAAGGGUGGUGCGAAGAAGGUGGUCAUCUCUGCUCCAUCUGCUGACGCUCCUAUGUUCGUCAUGGGUGUCAACAACAAGGACUACAAGUCCGACAUCCCCGUCAUCUCCAACGCCUCCUGCACGACCAACUGCCUGGCACCUCUGGCCAAGGUCAUCAACGAUAAGUUCGGCAUGAAGGAGGGUCUCAUGACCACCAUCCACUCCUACACCGCGACCCAGAAGACCGUCGAUGGCCCGUCAUCCAAGGAUUGGCGUGGUGGACGAACUGCAGCCCAGAACAUCAUCCCCAGCAGCACUGGUGCCGCCAAGGCUGUCGGCAAGGUCAUCCCAUCUCUGAACGGCAAGCUCACCGGCAUGUCUAUGCGUGUCCCAACUUCCAACGUCUCCGUUGUGGACUUGACCUGCGUGCUGGAGAAGCCUGCCAGCUACGAGGAGAUCAAGAAGGCCAUGAAGGAUGCAUCCGAGGGUGAACUCAAGGGCAUUCUUGGAUACUCGGAGGAUGCUCUGGUGUCCAGCGACUUGAACGGCGACCCGCACUCCUCCAUCUUCGACGUCAAGGCCGGCAUUGCCCUCAACGACCAUUUCGUCAAGCUUGUGUCGUGGUACGACAACGAGUGGGGUUACUCCCGACGUGUUCUCGAUCUCUUGGCCUACAUUGCCAAGGUUGACGGAAACGCCUAA